AUGGAAGCGUUUGGUGAUUCAUUGAAGGAGGCAACUAGCUCCAUGAGAAUAUUGGAGCCCACAUGGAUGUACAAAGAACUAACAAAUGCAAUGCAAAAGCAACAGGAGAAAAUUGAAUCACUGAAGACCGGGGAAGUAAAGAGCAGCGGUUUAUUCACGCGAUGGGGUCGGCGGUCAUGCCCUGGAAGCACGGAGCUGGUGUACGAAGGGUUUGCUGGCGGCGGUCAUUACAAUGAAAAAGGAGCGAGCAGUAAUUACAUUUGUCUGCCGCACGACCCAAUCUAUGACGACGAUGGACGGAAUGCGGGUUCCGUUAGCAAGGUUUACGGUGCUGAGUAUCAAACAAGUUCUGCAACGUUUCAUACGAGUUUACACGACGAAGACGUUCCGUGUGCCGUCUGCCGCGUUGUUGGAAGAAACGUUGUCAUGAUUCCAGCAAGGAAUGCCUGUUAUAGCGGAUGGCAUACCGAGUACUCUGGAUAUUUGAUGUCGGAGCAUUAUAGUCAUUUUGGGAACAAGGAACUCGUUUGCAUGGACGGAAUUCCUGAAAAGGCGGAAGGAAGUAAUGCUGGUAACCAAGAUGGUGCUUUGCUUUUCUUUGUUCAGGCUAUUUGUGGUUCUUUAAAAUGUCCCCCAUAUAGCGAGAACAAGGCGUUAACAUGUGUGGUGUGUUCUAAAUAG